AUGAAGACCGAAUUCAACGAAAUAGCAAACCCGGCGACGCUGUGCCGAGUUUGCAUGGCCGCCGAGAAAGAUCAUUUCUCAAACCUGUACGAGGAACCUCCAUCCAGUCAGCCGCCCAUCAGCUUGCACGAAAUGCUGCAGGUGAUUUGCGCUCCGGUGUUUGCUAGUUCCGAUUCGAGCGACGUGCCGGAAAUGCCAACCAGAGUUUGCAACGUAUGCCGGGAUGCCAUUAUUGCGGCCUUCAACCUGCACCAGCAGUGCAUCGAAAGUGAUCGACGAUUGGGUGAGCUACUGACGUUUGAACAGGAAUUUGACUAUCCAAAGAGCAACGAGGAACUCGAAGAUUUUUCCGUGGUUGUAAACGAGGUCGUGAUGCCGACGGAGAACGCGGGGGACGUUUCGAAAACUUGUUCAGAGUGUGGCAAGGCAUUUUCACGGAGAUUUACCUUGCGAAGGCAUCAAAGGAAUGGAGUGUGCCCGGGAAAGAGCAACGAUACGAAUCUCAAAGAUCCUCUGUUUGAUGAGUAUAUAAGAAGCUUCGUGUGCUCGGUGUGCACUCGAAGAUUCACCACCAAAUCCCACCUGGCCUGCCACAUGCUGACUCACACGAAGGAAAAGCCGUACAAGUGCAAGCUCUGCCCGCAGGCCUACUCGCAAACCACCGACCUGGUGAGGCACGUUUCCCGCGCCCACUGGAGCGGUAAGCCUUACCCUUGUGACCGGUGCGAUGAGUCCUUCCGGCUGAUUGAGGGUCUGCGUGAGCACUACCGAGUGCACGUUCAGUCUGGCGAAGGUUUUAGCGAGAUGGCAGAGGUGCGGUUCAACAGCAUGACCAUUAUGGACAAGCUUUUUGCCAAGAUAAAGCAGCAAUGGGCUGAAGAAAGUGGAAAUCUGGAGUCGAGCUAG